CCAUCGCUUUUCCAUCGCAUUCAAUCCUGCUCGAAUCUAUCACUCUACAAAAGUCACAAUGGUCAAGUCACUCACGAAGGUCACCUUCAAACCCAGUACUCAAUCAACGGAGGAGUUCAUCAUGAUUGUGAAUGGACCAGAAUAUAAGAAGUGGAAAGAAGGAGGUGACUCAAUUCCUCUGACGGAUGUUGUUGAUUCCUUCAAAGUCUUCCAUUCACCAACGGGGAACCAAGGCCAUCUUGGCGAAGCUUCAAAACAACAACUCGAGAACGCGUUUGGCUCAUCGAAAGACAUCGACGUAGCAGAGAAGCUGUUGAAAGAUGGUACUUUACAGGCCGGCGAUAGGUUCGACGACGAUCACUUGGUGAAGAACCUUAGCCAUGGCGACUUUCGUAUGGACACCCGUGGCUCUGGUGCGCGUAUGACCGGUGUAUAGAAAUUUAGGCUGGUGCUGGUUAUUUCUUGUGGACUAGCGAUUACAAUGAAUCAAAUCCUGCAAUAAGAACAGAACAACAAUGAUGUAUUUGUAAUGUAAUGCAAUUUUGGCCUGGUCAUUACUUGUUGACUGGCGAU